AUGUUUUUGUUUGCCGCAUCACUCCCCCUGUACGGAUGUGAGCAUUCGAUUUUCCUCUCCGUGCUUGCAACACCUCCCCAGAUUGCCCCAUUACAGCGUGCGGAUCGGAAAUGUGUUCAUCAGUCCCAGCGGGAACCAGUCCGGCCAACUGCUUUCGGGCAUGGCAACGAGUGUGAAGACAAAGGGCGCGCGGAACUGCCUGAAGAAGCUAACAGCAGUCUUCUGCGCGACUGCACGCCAGAUGCCGGACUGCCUCCUUUUCCAAAUGUUGUGGCCCUGCAAGCGAAUGUGAGCGUGACCGGUUGUUCAGGGGAAGUCCCUGCCCAGGAGGUUCGUUCUGGGCCACCUCUUGGGGAUAUACGCCUGAUAUCCGGUUGCCCACCAUUUGUACAAACUUGCGACCAACAUGGAUGCAACGGAAGGCAGCGCAGCGCUUCAGAGUCGGGGUCGGAUAGCGAGGUUUAUGCGUUUAGGUUUCUCCUUAGCAGCAACCGGCACCACCGCCAAGAUAAUGAAGGGGAUUAUUCGAGCGAGACGCCUACGUUGCUCAAAGGCAUGGAUGCGCGGCGGAGAGUGAUCCCAGGAAGAACACAAGGGUCCCCGGCAGCGCAGUCGUUCUUAUCAAUUUGCAGUGCAGAGGCGCCCGUGCGCCGGCUCAGUGGCUUAGGUAGUGGCGAAAGGACGCUUGCUGAUUUGGCUAACGGCCUGGCCAUUUUCUGCGUUGUCAUCAUCGCUGGUGUCGCGACAGUCUGCGUAACUGCCGGAACUGGAGGUGGAGCGAUAUUUGUUCCUCUAAUGCAACUCCUGAUGCGCUUCACUACGCAUGAAGCGACUGCAACUAGCCAGUGCUUGAUGACAGGCAGCGCACUAGCAGGUCUCUGUAUCAACUUCGUCCGCCGGAACCCGAAAGCCGAUAUGCCUCUUAUCGAUAUGGACAUGGUCCUCCUUCUCGGCCCCAUGCAGAUGUGUGGUUCGUCUGCUGGCGUUGUCGUGAAUCAUGCGCUCCCCGCGUGGUUCAUCAUUGCUCUCCUCGUGAUAUGUCUGUCGUACGAAAUCAUCAAGCUUCUAACGCGUUUCCGUCGAAGCCCAAGGAAGCCCAUGGAUGUGACGCGAGUGGCAGCGGAAGAUCAGGCACCACCGAAGACAUCCUGCAUGCCAGCAACCUCUCAGGUCGUUGACGCGGCUAUGCCAGCAGGUUGCAGAACUCCUGCGUCUGACAGGGAGGGAAAAGCUGUCAGCGGGACCACCACAUGGCAGGCAGCGGAGCCGGGACGAAGGGGAAACGACACCAAGGAGGAAGUCACGAACGGGCCGGAACAAUGCCAACCCAAAGUUCAGCUAGUUCCAGAACAUCAAGAACUUAACCCCGACGAGAGAGGAGAGCAGGGUGCAUCAUAUCGUCAGCGAUACAGAUGCGGUGAAUGCAGUCGUGCUGCUAUCUUAUACAGGUGGAAACGGUAUGACAUGACGAAAUGGUCAGUGCUAUUGAUCAUCUGGAUAAUCAACCUCGUCGUCACGUUCAUCAAGGGCGGCAGGCGCUCUACAUUUCACAUCGUACCGUUCUGCUCCACUGCCUAUUGGGUAGUGUAUGCAGUCGGAUGUCUCUUUCUUGCGAGUGUAGCCCUAUUGUGGGGCUCGUUUCUGACUGCGCGUCACAGGAAGCGAAUCCGGCUCUGCAUUCGUCGCUACUCUCCCAUCGUGUACACAUCUAGCAACGUCCAGCUCCUCCUGACUCAGGCAUUCCUUGCUGGCGUGCUAGGAGCGAUAAUGGGGAUCGGUGGAGGCAUGAUUCUAGGUCCCAUUCUACUUCUCAAGGGUGUCCCGCCCAGUGUGUCGUCCGCUCUGACAUCGUGUCUGGUUCUUCUUUCCGCUUCCACGGCUGCCACAAUCAACUUGACAAGCCGAAUGGCGCCUCCCAGCGUCAGCGGCGUCCUCUUUCUCGUCUUGUUCUGCACCACCUUAGUUGGCAAAUCGCUGCUUGACAGCUACAUUAAGAAACGUCACCUGGAACGCUGGCUGGUCGCCUUGUUGAUUGGCGUAAUGGUGUGCUCCAUCGGCUGCUCCAUCGCUGCCGGCAUAAUUGACGGGGUCAACGGCCCUCCGUCGGUGCAGCAGUUCAUGGACCCGUGCGACCGAUGA